UCGACCAUCCGAGAAACUUGAAAAUAUAACAUUUUGGAGCUCUAGAUUUUCGGUCUCUGCCUAUCAACUCCUCAGAAUUCAUUGGCUCCGAAAAUGAUCCGAUUUAUGUUGUUGCAAAACAGGCAAGGCAAGACUCGUCUGGCCAAAUACUACGUUCCUCUCGAGGACUCCGAGAAGCACAAAGUCGAAUACGAGGUUCAUCGAUUGGUGGUUAACAGGGACCCCAAAUUUACUAAUUUCGUGGAGUUUCGUACGCACAAGGUAAUCUACAGGCGGUAUGCCGGAUUGUUUUUCUCAUUGUGUGUCGACAUAACGGAUAAUGAGUUGGCAUAUUUGGAGUCUAUCCAUUUAUUUGUGGAGAUAUUGGACCACUUUUUCAGCAAUGUUUGCGAGCUCGACUUGGUUUUUAAUUUCCACAAGGUUUAUCUGAUACUCGAUGAAUUCAUUCUUGCUGGAGAGCUUCAAGAAACAAGCAAAAAGAGGCAAUGCAAAUAUUUGAUGGCUUGGAAACCAGCACUGAGGUUAGUCUUGUUGCAUAUUGCAGGCUAUAAUAGAAAGAAUGGGGGAACUGGAUAAACUUGAUUAAAAAUGACUCUGCAUGAAAGACAAAUGGUGCUAUUUGUGUCAAAUACUUAUCUUAUUUUUUGUUGUCUGUUUUGCACAGCUAAAUCUUUAUUGUGUUAUUGGGAACCUGAAAUACAGAGCUUCCCUUCAAUCCGAUCCCCUUUUCCCGAUGUAGACCUUGUAAUGAUACUUUGUUUAAAUUGGAGAAGUUUUAUUUGGUAAAAUUUGACCUUCCUUUUA